AGUAAAGAGUGUACUUGAACAACAUAUACAUACAGAAACAAAUUCAAUUAAGCAAGCUAGCUAGCACUUCUACUAUAUAGAUAAUAACUUGUUCAAACUAAAUUCAUUUGUAAAGUAAUUGAAGACAUGGGAAACUGUAUUGUGCCAGCAUCGUCAAUGGAGUGGGGCGGUGAUGACUGGGGUUCUCUGAGGUCUGAUGAGCAUACAAGGUCAUCAUCAUCAAGCAACAAGGUGUUUGAUGAAGGUCAUGCGUUGAGUUUACGGAACGUGCCGAAGGAGAAGCUUCUGGGAGCACUGAAAAGUUCUUGUGAUGCAAAUGGGAAGGUGAAGAUUAAGAUGUCAAAGAAAGAGGUGGCAGAAUUGUUGGUAGUCAUAGAGAAGCAACAACAGAAUAAGAAAGCAGGAGGAGCUUCUUCUGCAGAACAAGUUCUGCUUCGCUUAAUAAAUGCAAACCACCAUCAUCAUGAUCAUGAUGCUCCCUGGAGACCGGUGCUGGAGACUGUACCUGAGAAUUAAUAUUGAGUUCAACAUGUAAUUAAUUGAGCUAGAGCUUAAUUUGUACACAUAGGGAAUUAUUUUUGGUGUAGAUCUGCACAUAUAGGGAUUGACCAUGUAUAUUGAAAUUAAUAUUGUAAAUGAAAUUCAUUAUUUUUAUGAA